AGUCAGCCAUCAGUGAGUGAGUGGCAAGCGUGCAGGGUGGGUAUACUGCUGCUGCUGCUGCUGCCUCCGGAAUAUCGAACUACUUGUACUAAUGGUAAGGAAGAUGCAGGAACAAGUGGUCACGUUGCGGAGGAGGACCCAGAUGCUGCACUCCGCACUCCUUGUCCUACUGUGUUGCCCCUGCAUCUCUUCCACCAUGGUGAGCAGAGGCAGCAGCGUGGCCAACGACACUCAACAUGUCCGCCGACCAUCCAGUGUCCGGCCAGUACACUACACAGUGAAGCUGCAAGCCUUCCUUCACGGCAACCGAAGCAUUCACGGUGAAGUACAGGUGGAGCUGGAAGUUAUCAAGCGUACGUCAGCCAUUAUCCUCCACCUAGCAGACAUCCUCGUCAGAAAUGACACUAUUAAGGUGACAGCCGUCAACAGACGGCAGAAUUACCCUGUGCGGCGGGAGGUGUAUGAUCCUAGGCGGCAGCAGUAUACUGUGCAGCUGCGGUGGCGUCUCCAGCCGGGCAAAGCCUAUCUCUUAGCUAUGAAAUUUGUGGCAUCUCUGGCAAACACUCCUAAGGGAAUCUAUUUCACUUCUUAUAAAGACAGUGAAGGAAACGAGAGGACAAUGGCAGCGACGCACUUCUGGCCCACCAACGCCCGACGAGCCUUCCCCUGUUUCGACGACCCGGCGAUGAAGGCUACCUAUGAGGUCCACAUAGCCAGGGAGAGCCACAUGAUGGCUCUCUCCAACAUGCCUCUGGUCAAGACAACACCCAUCCAGGGCCAGGAGGGCUGGUUGUGGGACCAGUUCGCCACCAGCCUCAACAUGUCCACCUACCUGGUGGCCUUCGCCAUCAUCCAGUACACCUCUCGUUCAGCGACUGCCGCCUCGGGCACCACUGUCAACGUGUGGGCCGAGGCUGCUGUGUUGGACAAGACCAGUCUGGCCCUCGAGGCUACCGCCUUCAGUCUUACCUUCUUCGAGUCCUACUUCAACUUACCUUAUCCACUACAGAAGCUGGACCUCGUCGCCCUGCCAGACACCCCGUAUGAUGGCAUGGAGAACUGGGGCCUUAUAUUCUAUAGGGAGUCUGAGUUCCAGUGGGAGGUUGAGACGUCAACAGCGGGUCGCAGGAGGCAGAUGUGUGAGCUGGUGAUGCACGAGACGGCGCACCAGUGGUUCGGUAACCUGGUCACCUUCAAGUGGUGGACUGACCUGUGGCUCAGCGAGGGCUUUGCUACCUACAUGGCUACUCUUGCUGUUCAUAAUUUCGAGCCUUCUUGGGGCAUGCUGGAGCAGUUCGUGGUGACGAGGCAGCAGAAGGUGAUGCAAGUGGACGCCCUCUUCGCCUCUCACCCCAUCACCCUCCCCGUUAAGCAACCUCAAGAUAUAGAACAAGUUUUCUUCGAGAUUCCCUACAAUAAAGGCGCGGCUGUCAUACGUAUGAUGGAACACUUCCUCACGCUUGACACCUUUAAGAAGGCCAUCUCUAAUUACCUCUCCGCCAGGAGCCAGAGUAAUGCUGACCAGGACGACCUGUGGGCCUUCAUGACCACGGCGGCGCACGAGGACGGUUCUCUCCCACAGGAGAUUACCGUCAAGACUGUGAUGGACACCUGGACCCUGCAGGAGGGCUUCCCCGUUAUAACUGUCUACAGGUACCAUAACGGCUCUGCUAAGCUCACUCAGGAGAGGUUCGUGGCUGGCGACGCAGCAGCUUCGCCAGUGCCUGCCUCCCGGUGGUGGGUGCCCGUGACCUUCACCAGCCAGAAGCGUCCCUCCUUCGUGCACACCCGCGCCCAGACCUGGCUCAGUAGCCACGCCAACCACGUCACCGUCACCGGUCUUCCACCCCCACAGUUCUGGGUCAUCUUUAACCUCCAGAUGACGGGGUUUUACCGCGUCAACUACGACGAGUAUAACUGGAACCUUUUGGCCUACCAGUUGGCCGAGGACCACAGCAUCAUACACGUUACAAACCGUGCCCAGAUCAUUGAUGACGCUCUCACUCUGGCCAGGGCAGGCUUCCUGUCAUACGAUUGCGGCCUAAACGUGACAGUUUAUCUGAAGAAUGAGCGGAGCUACGUGGCCUGGAAGGCGGCCUUCAACAACAUGCAGUUCCUACACAGAAUGAUGAGACACACGCCUGCCUACGGCGCUUUCAAGGAUUAUAUGUUGUCCAUAUUGGAGCCGGUGUACGAGUCUUUGGGGUUCGAGGACGGACCCGAGGACGACCUCCAGACAUUGUUGCUACGAAGUGAAGUGGUUCGUUGGGCGUGUCGUCUCCGCCUCGCAGAUUGCAUUGAUAAUUCAGUUCGUCUUUUCAAUAAAUGGAUGACAGAUCCUGAAAAUUCUACAGUAGCGCCCAACAUGGCGGAGACUGUGAUGUGCUCAGCGGUGCAGGAGGGAGGCCAGGCGGCGUGGGAGUACACCUGGCAGCAGCUCCACCACGCCUCCACCAGCCCCGACCUGAGGGACGCCAUGCGCAGAGCACUCGGCUGUUCCUCUCAGGUCUGGUUGCUUGCCAGGUACCUGGAGGCAGCCUGGGGUGGAGAAUCUGGUCUUCGAUGGCGUGAAUUCAGCGAAGUAUUGGAGGCGGUUGCCAGCAGCGACGCGGGUAGCUUCCUUGCCUGGCACUAUUUACUGGAGAACUGGUCCAGAGUGACGCAAUUCGUUGGAGGAGACUCCUCGUCGCUGGCAAGCAUGGUAGAGGCCGCCACCAGACACUUCAACACCGCCUACCAGCUCCAACAGCUGCUGCAGGUGAUGACGGAGGGAAGGGCAGGUUCACGAGCCGGGAGGCUAGAGCGGGCACAGAGACUGGUCUUGGAGAAUGUACGGAACAACAUAUCGUGGAAGAAGAGAAGCUUCUCCACUAUAGUGGAAUGGCUGAGCCAGCGAGGCUUCUCUCCAACCCUCCACCAGGCUAGGAAGAGACGCAGGCUCACAUUGGUAAAAUAAAGCAUGUUAUAUUUUAGCCAACUUACAAAAAAAAAUUUAUAUAAAUUUAAUGUCAAAUCGUGAACUGCCUUAAUAAAAAUCGUAACAUUUA